AUGAACAUUGACGAUCUGCUUGCCGAGGUUGCGGUCGACUCAACGCCCCGAGAAACGCGCGAUCUGCAAGAAUUGACACGAUGCUGGGUUGCCGAGCGCGUCGCGCCCGAAAUCUUGCCCUGGCCGAGUGAACUUAUGAACAGAGUCCUGGACAGGAUACGAAAACAGAUUGAACUAGUCGAGGACCAGACGGGCAACAUGGACCCAAAGACAAACUUCAAAUUGAUCAUCAUACAGACAGAACUUGAACGAUUCAAGUUCUUGGUACGGAGCUUCCUGAGAGCAAGAAUUAAAAAGCCACUUCUCUCGGCUUCGGAAUAUCAGUACCUCACAUCACAUCACUCGUUACUGUCGACGCACUACUCGUCCUCGUUCCUCAGCCAGUUUCCAGCUUCGCUACAACGACUCGAUGACACAACGGGUGGCAUUAGCAUGAUAGAUAAGCCAGACGAGGACAAAGCUGUGUUUGUAAGAGCAUUGCGAGACGUUGGAGACAUAUAUGUCGAGGGCACUGAUCGACGUUUUGAAAUGAAGAGAGGGGACGUCUGGGUUGUCCGGUGGAGCGCAGUCAGACAGUGGGCAGUCGGAUCUGGCACAGGCGAUGUGGAGUUGAUAUGA